GAAGCAAAAAAGGUUCGCAAAAAGAUUGACUGGCGCAUCAUGCCGCUCAUGGUCGUCACAAACACCAUUGGUGCUGUCGAUAAAAUCAUCGUCUCCAACGCCGCCUUGUAUGGAAUGAUUGAAGACACUCACCUCGUCGGACAACAGUACAACUGGGUGAUUUCAAUCUUUUACCUCGGAUGGCUCGUCGCCGAGUAUCCCGCCAACGCCAUACUCCAAAAAUUUCCCGUCGGAAAGACUGUCGGAAUUACCGUCUUUGGCUGGGGCGCCGUCGUAAUGUGUCUCGGGGCAGCAGAGAACGCGGCCGGUCUCCUUGUCCUCAGAUUCCUCCUGGGUGUCUUGGAGGCUCCCUCUUACCCGGCUUUCACCAUCAUCAAUACCAUGUGGUACAAAAAGGCUGAGCAGCCGCUUCGAAUGGCCUUGGCACUUGCGGGCUUCGCGAGUGUAAUGUUGAUCGCGGGUGGUGUUUCGUAUGGAAUUGGGAACCUGCAUACUGCCAUCGCCCCUUGGAAGCUCCUGUUCUUGGUAAUGGGAGCCUUCCAGCUUCUCUGGGGUCUGGUGCUCUAUAUCUGGCUACCUGAUUCUCCAUUAAAAGACAACUUUCUGAGUGGAAAGGACAAGUACAUUGCUCUCGACAGGGUCCGAGAAAACAUGAUUGGAAUCGAGAACAAGGAACUAAAGUGGUAUCAAGUCCGCGAAGCCUUUACCGAUUACAAGACAUACCUCCUCGUCCUCUUUGUCCUUAGCAUCCAUGUGCCAACAGGCGGCGUCGUCGCCUUUGGAGCACAGAUCGUAUCUGGUCUCGGCUUCAGCACGCUCGAGACCAUGCUCCUCAGUAUACCAACAGGGGCGACGCUGACCCUGUCAAGUUUCAUGGUGGCGGUUCCCCAGCUAUGGUUCAAGAAUAAAAGAUGCCUGGCAAUGGGCCUUUGCUGCAUAGUCCCUGUCGUUUGCUGUCCAUUGCUGCAACAUCUACCUCGUGAGAACAAGGUCGGCCGACUGCUGGCGUACUACUUCUUUUACUUCUUCUGGGGUCCAUACGCGACAGGUAGAUACCAUUACAAACAUUAUCGCUCCCAAGCUGACCUUCUUGGUAGCCAUCUCGCUGCCGAUGGGCAACGUAUCCGGGCACACCAAAAGCUAACGGUCAACGCCAGCAUUUUCGUUGCAUAUUGCGCUGCAAAUAUGAUAGGCCCCCAAGUCUUUUUCAUCCACGAAGCGCCCAACUACCCAACAGGGUACAAUACUUUGUUGGGAUUCGAGGUUGCUGCCAUCUGCUGCAUCAUGGCGUAUGCAGUGGGUUGCUUCAUUGAGAACAGGCAGCGAGAUCGAAAGGAGGGGAUCAAUGUCUCUGUAGGGGCGGAUGAACAAUUUGGAGACUUGACUGACUAUGAAAAGAGGGGAUUUCGAUACCUCUAUUAA